CGGCUCCUCGGCGGCUCGGCGGCGGGGCCGGGCCGCGGGCCACCAUGCUGGGCCUGGACGCGUGUGAGCUGUGGGCGCAGCUGCUGGAGCUGCUCCGGCUGGCGCUGUGCGCCCGAGUCCUCCUGACCGACAAGGAGAAGGGGCAGCUGCCUCCAGAUGAGGUGCUGGAUGAGGCCGUGCCGGAGUACCGGGCCCCGGGGAGGAAGAGCCUCCUGGAGAUCCAGCAGCUGGACCCGGACGACGAGAGCCUGGUCAAUUACAAGCGGGCGCUGCUGGGGCCUGAGCCGCCUGCCUUGGACCCAAGCCUGCCCAACGUGCAGGUGACCAGCCUGACACUGAUGUCUGAGCAGGCCCCAGGGCCCAUCACCAUGGACCUCACAGGAGAGUUGGCUGCGCUGAAAAACCGGGUGUUUGUCCUGAAGGAGGGUGUUGAUUACAAAGUGAAGAUUACCUUCAAGGUCAAUAAGGAGAUCGUCAGUGGCCUCAAGUGUCUGCAUCACACCUACCGCCAGGGCCUGCGAGUGGACAAAGCCGUCUACAUGGUGGGCAGCUAUGGCCCGAGCGCCCAGGAGUACGAGUUUGUGACUCCGUUGGAGGAGGCGCCCCGGGGAGUGCUGGUGCGGGGUGCCUACGUGGUCACGUCCUUCUUCACCGAUGACGACAGGACCCCCCACCUGUCCUGGGAGUGGGGCCUCCACAUCUGCCAGGACUGGGAGAGCUGAGCGCCCCCUGUCCCAGGGCUGUGUUCCCACUUGCGAUCCUGGUCUCCCCCACCUCUGCCAGUCGCUGCAAGGGACCCCUGACCGUUCCCCGGCCCCCUCAGUGGCCAGAGCCCCUGCCCUCUGUCCUGUCCCGGGACGCCCCCUCCCCAGGCCUGGCACUGUGCCCUGAACA